UCAUCAGCAGUACACGUUCGUCAAUGAACUUUGUCAUGUGGAGCUCCAGCCGGGCCCGCUGGAUCCAGUGCUCUGUCCCGAAGCAGGCUCCUUCGACGAUAUAUUGGGAGCCCCUUCCUCCUUCCACUGAGAACCAGGACUCGCGCUGUGCACAGCUAUGAGACGAGGGCAAUGACACUCGUCACCCGCCGAGGCCCUUUUGCCCGACACCACCACUAUGGCCCCACUCCGGCGAUGCCUUUUUGUCCUUAUUGUCGCACGCACAAAUAAACCCGCCCGUGCGAGAUAUCCGGACGCUAGUGAGAUCGGAAGACGGAGCUUUCUCACAAAGCUCACGUCUUCAACUGUGCAAAGAGAGGCACCAGCAAGGCGUAGAGAUAGAACUCUGCCAGAGGAGAUCAGAGGGGUAACCAAUGCUCGGCAGACAAGUGCCUGGCCAGUGAUUGCCCUAAAGAAGCUGUAUGCCACCUUUCUCCAAGCCAAAGUCUUUUGGAACGCAUAGAAAGGAGCAGCACAAAACUAAUGACAUCAACAAGCAAUGCUGUUCAAGCG